AUGGCAACUCGGACUCUGACAGCAAAGUUGUGGCGUCUCAAUGCAAAUUUGGUAUCGAAGCAACAACUUCGACAGCUCACGCUACAUGAAUAUCAGUCGCAGAACCUUUUGAAGGAGUUCGGCAUCCCAGUACCCCGAGGACACCUCGCAAGAACACCAGCCGAAGCUGCGGUGAUUGCCACAGAGCUUGGCGGAAACUGUUCUCUCAAAUCACAGAUAUUAAGGGGCGGCAUCGAUGACGGCGCGUUUGACAACGGGUCAGGGGCCGGCAUUCAACUGGUCAAUAAUGCAAAAAGCGCCGAGAAAGCUGCCAAUCGCAUGCUUGGUCACUACUUGAAGACGGAUCAAUCCGUAGGUAACGGUGUAUUGGUCAAUAAGCUUCAUGUUACGGAAAGCCUGAAUCCCGAAAGAAAGUGGUACUUGGCGAUCACAUUCGAUCGCGAGAACUAUUGUCCAAUAAUCAUCGCGUCAAAAUUUGGCGGAGUCGCCAUCGAAAAGAUAGCAGCCCAGCAUCCAGACGAGCUGCAUACAUUUCGAUUUGGAUUCACGGAUGGCAUCACAUCCAAACUCACCGACAAAGUCUCGAACUGUCUCGGAGCUUCGGCGAAAGAGAAGGAAGACCUCAAUGACAUACUCGGCAGACUUUAUAAGAUUUUCACAACAAAGGACGCCUAUUCGCUUGAGAUCAAGACUCUAGCAAGCUCGUCAGAAGGAGGUCUGACUUGCAUGGACGCCAAGUUCUCAUUUGAUGAUGCUGCGGCCAAGCGGCAGAAGCCACUUUUUGCAGAGCGAGACACGGAGCACGAGAUUCCAGAAGAAGUCGAGGCUGAGAAGUAUGGGCUGGUCUAUGUUCGCAUGGACGGCGACAUUGGCAAUGUGGUCAAUGGAGCAGGUCUCGCGAUGGCGACCAACGAUGCGAUUGCCCUGCACGGUGGCGCCAGUGCCAACUUUCUUGAUGCUGGUGGGCAAGCGACGAAGGAGACCAUGGUCAAGGCAUUUGAGAUUAUCCUGCGGGACCGGAGGGUGAAGACAAUAUUUGUCAACAUCUAUGGUGGAAUCACUAGAGGCGACAUGAUCGCAGAAUCCAUUCUUGGUGCAGCCAAAGAGCUGGGACCGCUGAAGAUUCCCAUGGUGGUUCGACUUCAAGGCACCAAUUCUGAGAUGGGAUUGAAAAUCCCCGACCUAGACCCUAUCGCGGUCGCUGACUUCCACGACACACUCAAGAAGUCAAAGCGCAUCGUUGCUCUCAUCGGCGCAGGUCUUUCCGUAUCCUCAGGCCUUGCCACCUUCCGAGGGGCCAAUGGUCUGUGGAGGAACCAGGACAUAACACAGGUCGCUUCACCCGCAGGCUUCCGUCAUGACCCGGGUCUCGUCUGGCAAUUUUACACGUAUCGCAGGCACGACGCCCUUCGUGCCAAGCCGAACCCCGCUCACUAUGCUCUGGCUGAGCUCGCGCGCAGAGUGCCUGGCUUCGUCGCGUUGACGCAAAAUGUCGAUAACUUGAGCCGUCGGGCUGGUCAUUCGCCCAGUCAGCUGAAGGAGCUCCACGGCAAUCUUUUUGCGCUGUCCUGCGUCGACGUGGUUGGAUGCGGACACACCGAGCGUGACAACUUUGAGGAGUCUCUGUCACCAGCACUCGAUCCUUCAAAGGACGAGGAGAGGACCAUCGGCAGCAUAAAUCCGGACAAGAAGCCUCGCGCCAGCCCAGUACUUUUAGCCGGCAUCGCGCGGAAACACGCGCAAAUCCUCGGGGAGAAGUAUGAGGGCAAUUCUCCGACCACGCGAGAUCUGACUGCUCUGAAAGCCCCGGAUCAACCGGCGCCAUCGGACCCCGUUGCUGCUAUCCGGCUGUCAUCGGGGUUGGAGAAAAAGGACCUACCGCAAUGCCAUAAGUGCAAGAACAACAUCCUCCGUCCCGCCGUCGUCUGGUUUGGCGAGCCAUUGCCCGUUGAGGUUGUUGAAGAGGCCCAGGCGCUUUUCGAUGACCCCGAGGCCAUCGAUUUGUUUCUUACGAUUGGAACCACCAGCAAGGUCUGGCCGGCGGCUGGGUAUGCCGAGAUGGCUCGCAAGAAGGGUGCGAGAGUUGCUGUUAUCAACACGCGAGCUGAAGACGCGAGACAUGUUCGGCCGGAUAAGGACUGGGUGUUUGUAGGAGAUGCAGCAGUUGUCCUCCCCCAGUUACUGAAACCGGUGAUUAGCGAAUCAUACGAGCAAGUCGAGAAGAACAUGAAGAAAUAG